CUGUCCCGACAACCGCAAGUGCUGAUCGCGACUGCCGACGACGCACAUGACGUCCACGGCGGCCGGACGGACCGAACGCGGCCGACGCACCAGGAAACUGUUCUCCGCGACCGCGCUGUUCGCCAGGUUGUUCCGGCGCGGUGCCGCCGCCCGGGACGCGGCCGCCGAAGAUUCCGCCUGGUUCCGAGACAACCUGCAGCUGAUCCGACAAGCGUACGCGGCCGAGCACAAACCCGACUACGGCACCGCGGCGGCGUUCGACCGCAGACCGUGGCCGUCGGCCGCCGGGAACGCGUGGUGUCGGCGCGGCGCUCGCUGGUCCGGCAGCACCACCACCGUGUACAGUUUCGCCUACUUCGGAGCCACCGACGGCAACGGCCAAGUGGCCAACGUCGACCGGGAUGACGCCGAGUCGGUCGAGUACAUUGACGCCGCAACGACCGCGGCCACAUUGCCGGCCAGACGACAUAAACAUCACAGCAAGGCGGCGUCCAAAAAAGAACCCUGUACCGCUACGUCCGACGCUGUUGAGCGAACCAUUCCGACACCGUCGGCCGUUACCGUCACUGCCGUUACCACUGGUACAAGGACUAGGUCGAAAAAAUACAAAGCCCCACCGCCACCACCUUUACUACAAGCGAUCGCACAGCCACAGCCAAACCCGACAGCGGUUAUACCACCCAACCGCGGUAGACAGCGUAGACACCGCAAAGGGCCCGCUCCGCAGCCUCCCGUCAUGACCACCGUGGUCGUACCGAAGCCAUCAGUCGUGGUCACUGUCAUCGGGCCGAAGCCGCAAGUCGCGUCCAAAUCAGGUGGUAUAGCGCCGGACGAAAAAGACAGGCUGAGACGACGGGUGGACAAAAUCGAGAAGUGUUUGGUGGAGAAGGCGACGCCGGCCAAGUACUUACGACCUACGUCGGCGGUGUACACCGAAAUGGCCGUGACCAACAUAACCGAGCUGGACAGACGGGCUGCCGAGAUCUGCAAGAACCUGAGCGAGUCCACCGAAGCCGCGCGCAGGCUGUCCGCCUCGUUUUCCGUUGUCGCUAGACAACCGACUGGACGCACCCGGCCCGUCAGCGCGAUAAUACUGCCGCAUAAGACUUCCGACGGGGCGGCCAAUCAACUGCGGGAGAAGCGGUUGGAGUUCUUCGAGCGGCUGCGGCCACUGCGUGACGAAGACACACCAGACUCAAUCGAUGGCCACAAAAAAAAUGCUGAUCCAAAAAUCGAGACCACCAUCACCAAAAUGUCGUUCGGCACUCAGACCACAGGACGUAAGGUAUACAAGCCCAAAACUCUGCCUAAGACCAAUGACAACAGAGGUCCAGUGCUGCAGACGGACGACAAAAAAGGCUGUUACCAACAACUGAUCGCCAUGGAAAACCGCAGUGACCUAGUAACCUAUGACCGUCCUUUCGAGUGUGCAGUGUGCCUUUGCUCCUACAACGACGGCGGUAUCGUGUUGCGCGAUUGCCUGCACAUAUUUUGCAGACCUUGUCUGCAGAUGACCAUUAAACAUUCUAAGGGCGAACAGGUGAAAUGUCCCUACAUCGAUCCGCAGUAUUCGUGUACCGGUGUGCUGCAGCACCGCGAAAUCAAAAGGAUAUUGGGCGCCGACGAAGAGUACGAGCAGUACUUGCAGAGGUCGGUAAACCGAGCGAGACAGCUGUUGGCCAAAGGCGGGUCGUUCCAGUGCCGGCGUCCCGAUUGUCCCGGUUGGUGUUUGAUCGACAACAAGACCUACGUCUUCGAAUUUAAGUGUCCGGUUUGCGGGACCGUUACAUGCGUCAGGUGUGGGGAGAUCCACGAACCGGGAAGAAUAUGCGAGAGGUUGAUAAGAAAAACCAAUAAACUUGAGGCAGUCAGCGGCGAAACGGCAUCGGACGCAGCCGCUGUGGUCGAAAACCUUAUCGAGCGCGGUGAAGCCAUGGAAUGUCCGGGAUGCGCCACCGUUCUCUCCAAGCAACAAGGAUGUGACUGGAUCAAGUGCGCCGUGUGCUCUACCGAGAUCUGUUGGGCAACCAAAGGACCCAGAUGGGGACCCAAUGGUAAAGGCGAUACGUCAGCGGGAUGCAAGUGUGGCAUACCACUGGGACGCAAGUGCCACAUUAGCUGCACUUAUUGUCACUAACAAUAAAACGACCAAACGUCAAUAUUGUUUUAUUGACAUUAAUUAUAUAUAUAUAUAUAUAUAUACAUAUUAUUAUUAUUCUAAUAAAUAUA